GUUAACCGCUCGCUCAAAAUCGCACGCAUCUCUAAUUAGCUGGCGAUCUGCCCCUAUUAUACGCGCACAAGGAUAACGAAAAGGAGCCGCACGGAUAGGAAUUAUGGCGCAGCUCCAUAAGCUGGGUCUGCUCACAGCAGCGUUGCUUCUACUGCUGGCCAACGGGAGCGAAGCAUAUGCAAAGACCGACAGAGAUUUGCUCACCGGACACUCAACGCCCAUGGAGGGCAGCUUGGCCUUUCAGUUCUUCGACUUGGCCUCGCAACAGGCGGCCAUAGCCAACAGCACGGGCAUCCAGCUGGCACGGAGUAGCUCGGCCCGCGGCAACUACGAUGACGUCCUGUGCGAUAGGGACGUGGCACGCAUACGUGACGCCAUAAACAACAUGGAGGAGUGGGCUCUCGAAUUUCCCGAUACAUGGGGUCGCCUGCCCGUCGGCUUCUUCUGGGGCCAUCUCAUUAGCAUGGGCCAGUACGAAGAGUGUGUCGCAGCCACAGCCACCUACGGCAAUGAUCUGAAUGGCCAGUAUUGCCUGGCCCGCCUGAACAUCACCCAGUUCUACAGGAAAGUGAAGCAGCGACAUGAGGAAUUCUCCCGCAUCAGCUACAAGCAAACGGAUCCCGAGAUCUUUGAGCUGGGCGUCUGCGUGCCGAGCACUUGCAGCGCUGAGAAAACUGAUGCUCUGCUGAAGUACGCCAUUGCACACUUAUAUGGCAACGAUGUCAUCGAUCUUAACUAUCAGCUGGUCCAGGAGAAAUGGUGCAAAUACAAUGCGCCAGUCGAGUUCCGCGGUGUGGAUAUAUUUGCCAUCAUCUUCUUUUCGUUGAUCAUAGUAUUCCUGAUAGCCAGCAGCGUUUACGAUUAUGUGCAGACCCAAAAGAGCGCGCCUAAAAAGCCGCUAUUCAUAGCCUUCUCGGUGCUACACAAUGCGCCAAAGAUUUUCACGGUCAAAAAGGUAAACAAUCCAAACGUGAUCCACUGCCUGAACGGUCUGCGAUGCUUCAGCAUGAUGUGGGUGGUGUUUGGCCACGGCUACAUGACCUUCUACGACCUGCCACACAUCAAUCGGAACAAGUUCUACACGUGGGUGCAGACACCCUACUCGAUGCUGGUGCAGAACGGCUCGCUCUGCGUGGAUACGUUCUUUUUCAUGUCCGGCCUGCUGAUGUGCUGGGGCGCCUUCCGUGAGAUGGAGCGCACCAAGGGCAAGCUGAACAUUCCGAUGAUGUACUUCCAUCGCUAUAUCCGUCUGACACCCGUCGUCGCUGUUGUCGUCUUGUACAUUAUGUCGCUAUACCGUUACUCCGGCGCCGGACCCAUGUGGUUCAAGCUGGGCAUCCAAGAUCAGCGCUGUGCGGACACCUGGUGGGCCACACUGCUCUAUGUGCAGAAUUAUGCCUUCCCCUACAGCAUAUGCGUCUCGCAGUCGUGGUAUCUGGCUGUUGACACCCAGUUGUACUUCCUCUCCCCGCUGUUCCUGAUACCGCUGUAUAAGUGGGGCAAGAAGGCGCUCAUACCUAUUGCAAUAUUCGGUAUACUUUGCCUGGGCUGCACAGUGGCGACCUUCUUGCAAAACGACUUUACACUGUUCCGCGUUCAAGACGAUCAUGUUGAUUUGCGUCAGCGUCUGACCUACUAUCCGACGCAUACGCGCAUUCCGACUUGGCUGAUCGGCGUCAUCUUCGGCUACUUCCUGUUUACGCGCAACCGUGGACGCCAGAUUCCAUUGGCCAAGCACUGGGUGAUUACUGGCUGGGUGGUGGCCUUUGGCACAAUGCUAGCGGACAUGUGGGGUCCCUUCUGGCGCAUUCUGCCAGACACGCCGGACUCUCCGCUUAUUGAGGGCGCCUUGUUUGAACCCCUCAGUCGCAGCUCCUGGGCCUUGUCCAUCGGCUGGAUUGUGUGGGCCUGCUACAAUGGACAUGGCGGCCUAAUCAAUGACUUCCUCUCUUGGAGUUUCUUCACUGGUUUCAGCCGUCUGUGCUACUGCAUGUACGUAAUACACAGAAUCGUUCAGCUCGUGAAUGCUGCAAGGCUGCAAACGGAUACACACUUCUCCAACUACGAUGCGAUCUUGCGCUGGUGGCACGACUUUGGUAUCACCCUGACCCUCUCCAUCUUUGCGACGCUCGCCUUUGAGGCCCCCAUUCUGGGCAUUGAGAAGGCAAUUUUCGGACGCGGCGAUGCCAAGCCAGCACCCAAAAAGCCUGCAGUCGCCGAAAGCGAAAAAGUUGUCCCAACCACCGAACAAACCGCCGACAUUGCUCCAGCCACCAAUGUGGUUGAGCAAGAGCCAGAAAUUCAACCUAUAGCCAGCAGAGCUGAGGAUCCAUCAAAAGCCUAAUUAUAAUAAACUCGCCAACUCAAUUCUUGUUAGGAAAGAAAAUAUUUUUUUUAUAUAUUGUUAUUUAUAAUAUACUAGAACUCAUUACCCGCCGUUGGCAGGGUUGAGUGGCAAUUUGAA